CACAUUUCAAGCGCUCUCCAACACUGGUCUUUAAUGGGCGUAGAAAUUCAUUGAUAAAAACAAAUUAACUCCAAUUUUCCUAGUGCGGGGGGCGGGCCAAGGACCAAGAAAACGCGGAGCAUGUCGGGGCUGAAGGCGCCGUCGCUGCAAUCGCUGCUGGAGUCGGAGCGCGGCUCCACGGACAGCCUGCUGGCCGAAUCCCUGCAGCUGGACUUUGAGGAUCUGGACGAUGCCGAGUUUGCCAUACCGCCCACCGAUGUCCUGCCCACUUUGGAGUCGGUGCUCAGCGAAUUCGAGGCCGACUCGGAUGUGGCCUCCGAGCUGGGAAUGCCGGUCCACCAUGCCACGCCCACACCCUCCAUUGGCGACGAUGCCACGAUUAGGACAGAUGGACGCGGCGGUGGUGGCUCCAUCAUGCGGUACACCCUGCUCCAUGGCAUCUCCGCCCAGCUGGCCUCCGCAGCGGAGCGUGUGAAUGCGGGGGCGGCGAGUUCCUGCGCCGUGGCUGCCUUUAUAGCCGUGGGCACCUCCCAUGGCCACAUCCUCAACUUUGAUGUCACCCAAACGCUGCGCUGGGCCCACCAGGACAAGCACGGCCAGGGUGCGGUGGCCAGCAUGGCCUUCAAUGCGGAUUCCACGCGGCUUUUGGCUGGUUUCUCGAGGGGAUUGGUCACCAUGCUGGACACGCACACGGGCGAUGUCCUACGGGAGCUGUUUGAUGUGAUUACACCAAAUACGGGCGUGCUGCAUGUGAAGUGGACCUCGCGCUCCUCGCUGGCUCUCUGUGCCGAUGCCGGUGGCUCUGUCUGGUCGCUGAGUUUCACCCGGAAGCUGGGCAUUCGUGGCUGCAGCUCGCGUUGCCUGUUUUCCGGUGCCCGGGGAGAGGUCUGCGCCGUGGAGCCUCUGAUAAUGGAUGCUAAUGGGAGACAUGAACUGGAUCAGUACUGCAUCGUGGCUUUGGCCACUCUGUCCAAGUACUUUAUCGUCACGGUGAGACCCAGAUUGAGGGUUAUCAAGUACCAUGCUUUGCAAGGACCACCGGAUUGCCUGCCCCUGCUGGCCUGGCACUUGGUCUUGAUCCAGGCGGCGGACACCACGCGCUCGGUGGAUCCUGUAAUCGUGGUCGGCCGAGGUAACCAGCUGUUCUUCCAUCAACUUUUCGUCUCGAAUGGAAGGAUCACUUUGCUGUAUUUGCGACAUGUCCAGCUGCAGGGCAACCUUUUGUCUGGCCACUGGCUGGGUCCCAAGUGCGUGGCCUCGCUGGACACCUCGGAGGUACUGCAUCUAGUGGACGUGCGAUCGAGCAAGGAGCUGGAGUGCAUGGAUAUGGCCAAUGCUGGGUUGGUUUAUGGCUCGGCGCAGUUUAAGGGUCUGGCCACUGGUGGCAAUGUGUCGCCUGCCUUUGCCUUGGCCGGGUCCAAUGCCUGCUACAACUCGGUGGUGUCCAGGGGCACUCAGCUGUAUGUUUUGGGUGCCAGAUCCUUGCAUAUCAUAGGGGUGAGGACGUGGUCGGAGAGGAUUAGUUAUCUGGUCAAGCACCAUCGCUGGCAGGAGGCUUGUCAGUUGGCCCUUGAUGGCUACUUGGCCUCCGUGGAUCGUCCUCGUAAGCGUUCUCAGGCCAAGGAGCGCAUUAUUACCCUGUUCCAGGAGUACAUAGCCAACUCUGCUCGGGCUCCCGACUACUGUCUCGGUUCCAUAGUCAACUGCCUCAUCACCGUGGGCGAACUGGACCUUUUGUGGUCACAGCUCUGGGAGAAGCUGCAUCACUCGAGCUCCGAGCUGUUCCUGCAGCACAUUUCCGAGCACAUUGAACGCGAGACCAUAAGGAGCGUGAAUCCCUUGAUCUCCCAGGCCUUGGUGGACUAUUGGCUGGAGCACUCGCCGGCCAAACUAGAGCAGAUCAUCCUCAAGCUGGACUGGAUGUGUCUGGAUUUAAAUCAGGUUUUGAAGGCUGUAAAGAAGCAUCGCUUGUACCGAGCCCAAAUCUACCUCAAUACCCAGGCUCUCAAGGAUUAUACGGCGGCGCUGACGGAGCUGCUGCCUCUGGUAACCCCCGAGGAGACGGAUUUGGGCAAUUGCCUGCUGGUCUAUGUGUCCAGCUGCCUGGCGGGCAGGGGUUAUCCCAGUGGAGAGAUUCCCGUGGAGCAGGUUCACCAGGUUAAGCACGAUGUUUUGAGAUGUUUGACUUCCCAACAGUCCAAGGAGACAGCUGGAGGGGAUGAGCUGCCUUAUCCUUAUCUGAGAGCUCUCCUGAAGUUUGAUACAAGGGAAACGCUGAAUGUGAUUUCACUGGCCUUCCAGGAGAAGGAGUUUAGCAAUGAGCUGGGCCUGUCGCAUCGCAAGAGAAUCAUCAAUUUGCUGCUGGAGAUUAUGACGCCCGAAAAUGCCACGUGGGCGGAGAUUGGCUGCCUGUUGAACUUUAUAGCCCAGCAGAUAUCCAUGCAGUGCCUGCCCCGAGAUAAACAACUCCUAGAGCGCGUUCUCAGCCACCUGGCUCAGGAAGAGAUUGCCAACGAGAGCAGCCGCCAGCAUUCGGAACGUGAGAAUGCCUGGCAUGAGCUGCUCUCCUCCAAUUGCCUGGCCGAGAUCAGCAGCGAUGAAGAGCAGCUUCUGCUAGCUGAGAAAGCCAGAUGCUACUGCGUGGUGGAGUAUCUCCUGGAGAAGCUAGAACGCUACGACACCAUCCUGGAUUGCUACAUACGCAACGAGGCCCGUCACGAGACCAUGUUUGCCUACAUGGAACGUUUUGUGGACAACCCAGAGAGAUGCAUUUACGAGCAGCUGAAGCUUCAUCUCAGGCAGCUCUUGGCCAUCAAUGACAAGGAGACCACACGGCUAUUGGCCCUGCACUAUCCCCAAAAGAUUUCCGAACUCUUAGACAGCCUCAAGACGGAGGAGAGUCUACUGUAUGUGUUCCUCAAGUGCCUCAACGAACGCCGAGCCAAGCUAGAAGCCAGCCAGCUGGAGCUACUGCUAGAACUGCAUUGCAAGUUGGAGACACAGGAUGUGGUCAUGGAGUUCCUGUGCUGCAACAUACGCUUGCUUAUGGAUAACCUGGAUCAAGCGAUUGCCAUAGUUGAAAGCCAUCACCUGGACAGAGCUGUGAUCUAUCUGUACGAGAUGCAGGAGAGCUACACGAAAGCCUUUGAGUUGUCCAUGGAUCUACUCAAGGCGGCCACUGGUGAGGAAGCUGUGGAGGAGGCCAGGGUGUUGCCUGCUCUGCUGGCAAGAUCUGUGCAUGUUUUGCCCGCUGCCGAGCUAGAACGCUGCUGGUUUGUCCUUCUGCAAUAUGUCCUGCCCAAGCAGGAGUUCCAAUCGAUCAGCAAGUCCCUGCUGCACGAGGCCUCGCACCACAUUGACCUGCACAACCUGGUCCAGCUGAUCAUGAACACCCACAAUGUGUCCAGCAGCUUUGGCGACAUCAAGGACCUGCUCAUGGGCAUGCUGGAUAGUUCCAGGCAGCAAACGGAGGCCCUGAGAGGCAGUGCCGACAUACAGUGCCAGGGUCUUCACCUGGAGUUUCGGAAGCAUCAUCAGCAGGCGCGGCGUGGCCUUUGGGUGACCACCACCAAGUGCUCGGUGUGUCGACAGCGGCUCUAUGAGCAGAGUCAGGUGCUCAUUCUAGGCGGCUGUGGGCAUGGCCUGCACGAGGAGUGCCUGGAGGAUGCGGAAACGACGCUUGAGGAGUGUCCACGCUGCUUUACGGCGAUGCAGGAGCAAACUUUGGCCUUGCCGCGUCCAAACAAGAGCCUGAUUAGCAUUUCCAAGUCCUUGGAGAUGGGUGCUUUGCAGCUGAAGGCUCCGCCCAGGCGAUUCUGUUAGUUUGCUUCUUAUUUUCUUGUAUAUUCCAUUAUUAUUCCUCAGUGUAUUUAUUGUACAACUCUGUGUAUUGUAUUGUAUGUGUGUAAGUAAAGCAAUUGCAUGAUAAA